AUGAAUGAGCUGGCGGUGUGGCUGGAGACGGGCAAGCAAGCUCGCGUGAUUUUCGCCCAGUACGAGCAGAAGCGCAAAGAGCUGCAGAGCAGACUGGAUCGUCGCGACUACCACGUCAGCGAUCUCUACAAGCAGUCAGGUUGCUUCGCCGCCAUUGCCAAGAGCAACACCUUCUUCCUACUUUCCAUGGCAGUCGUGCUUCUGAACGCGGUGUGGAUUGGUGUGGAGGCAGAUGCCCCGAACAGAACCAGCAUGAAUGCGCUGAAUGCCGAGCAGACGGCCAUCGAGCAUAUCUUUUGCUUCGUCUUUACCAUGGAGAUAGUCAUCCGCUUCUGUGC